CUCGAAAGUGAAAGUGGAAGUGAUAGCAACGGCGAGGAAGAUAUGCGGAGCGACUCUGAUAUUUCUCUGCCGGAUGCUAACGUCGAUGAUGCCAUGAGUUCGAGCUCGAUCGACUAGUCAGUGAGGUUUCGUCCAGGCCUGGAAGAGCCGUAUACCUACGCUACUUUACCGUCACACGCCUUUGUCCCAGUUACAUUCCUUUUCAGUUGCAGAAUCGGCGAACAGGCAAUGGUGAUGGUAGACAACGGUAAAUGGAGAUUUACAUUUCCAUCCAUCCAGCGUUUCAAUGCCGUCUGCUUGAUCAUGGCAUUCUCCUUUUCUUUCUUUCCGCAUCCAAGGCUACGGUCUCCGAUGAAAAAGGGGGUUCUAACCAUCACGAGGUAUAGAGUACUUUUCAUUGAUUGAAAUUGUACUUACUGUCCGGAACCCACCCUGUUCGUAGCAAAUAUCGGAAGAUGCCGUUUACCACUCAUUGAUUGAUGCUGUUGGUAUCCUAGAGAGCGGGGGUGUCUUUAUCCUCAACUGGUUCUUCGCAGGAAGAAAGUAGAGAAAGAAACAAAGCCUGCUUAACAUAUAAAUAUCAUCCUAUCGUCCUCAUUGCGGGCAUACAUCAAUCUAGGGGAAACAAAGUGAACAUACGUUAACCUGCAUAUUACAAAGAGAGAGAGAAAAAAAAAAAAAAGAACAGAAGAACAACUGCAAGACAAAAUACGAGAUCAUAGGCCUGAUCAAGCACUUGCCGUCGAAUCUAUCGAGGAACCUCAUCAUGCGGCUUGUUCCGAAGUUCAUCGUGCCGGCCGCGAAGCUAUGUGACCCGCACAGGGGGAUGAAUCCGCAUGUUAUCGCACAUAUCUUCGAGUUGGUGCAGGCGGAAGUCGGCUUUCAUUUGGACGUUAUGCUGAACUAUCCUCGAUACGAUAAAGAAAUAAGCCAGGAACAGAAGAUGGUCAUUGAGAACCUCCGUGCGCUAAAGGGGAUCUGGACCCGGCAUGAUAGCUUGUUGCUCUCGGGCGAGAUGCCAGAAGACAGACCCUGGACGUACCAGACCAAUCGAUGUGAAGCCUGUGCAUUGGCCCGGGUUGGAUCCAGUCCGGACAUUCUGCGCGAUCUACGCAUCACCUUGCUGAGUCGGACUAGGACGAGGAAGUUCUAUAAAGAGCCUCGGUUGACUCCAUUCGUGGAGGGAUGCAUUGAGUAUCAUGAAAACUCAUCGGAGUUGUUCCGUUCUAGUAGUGAUUUGGCAUCCGCGUUCAAGGCUGCCAGGAAAGUUGCUGUGAAGCAUUACCUUAGAUCUCGUCGGAGAGAGCGACAUGCCCAUCAUGAAGCUAACCCUCAUUCGCGAGAACGGCGUCAUAGAGGUGAUGAGAGCGCGCCUCUUAAUCUAUUUGUUAUUCGUGGGCUCAAUGAACCCCAGGAACAAGGCCAAGCUGGACCUUCUGCUAGACGCAACGAACCCAGGAAAACCGAGGGUGUUGACCUGCAUAGCUGGCUUGAAACAGAACCACGCUGGGUUGGAGGUGAUAGAGGAUCAGAGCUGUCACCGAAAGUUAGCGAGACGGUAUUCUCUUCGAAUGGAGAAAUCAAGGCUAAUAACAACCCAAACCAUUCCACUCAACAUCUCAACCACGAAGAUGAAGACGAAGAAGGGGGACAUGACGAUGGCAUGGAGGACUUGCCGCAAUCCCAGCAACACCGGGUGGACGAAGAUACCGGUGCAAACAGCUCCGAUUCUCAUACCUUGAUCCCAGAGCCCCUGUUCUCGGGGAAAUCCCCACAGCAUAUCCCUCCUGAAAAGGAGAACGAUGGUGACACGAGCAAAGAACGCUUGGAACCUGUCGACUUUGGCAACUAUGGAGAUUAUGGUAACUUUGGGGACGAUGUGCGCAGCGUUGAGGAUGAUAAUGACACCAUGCGGUUAGUAUCACCCACACCACCCGUUUUUUCGGGAAAAUCCUCACGGCCCAUCACCCCUGUAGAGGAGAACAGCGGCGAUACGAGCAGGGAACGAUCGGAAGAAGCCACCGACGUUGGCAACCAUGGUAACCUUGGGGGCGAUGUACGCAGCGUUGAGGAUGAUAAUGACUCCAUGCGGUCGGUAUCACCCACACCACCCUUAUCUGGGAAUCCAACGAGCCGUGGUAUUGUGGGCAAGCAUACAUCCUCAGAAGGUCAAGUAGACAAAAUUGAAUAUCCCAAACACGAAGAGAAAAAGUGAUGAAGAAAAAGGCAUAGCAUGGUCAUUAAUUACAAAUUUAG